AUGAGAUCCAUUGCGAUUUUCUUAUUUGCUUUUCUAGCUUGUUUAGCCGCUGUUGAUGCCGCCUCUGUUGAAUGUAAGUCAUAUAACGCAACAUUGUGGCUUGGAGACAAAAACUGCAAAGCAUCAAAGGCGGUGGUACCUAUCAAAAUCAAAGAAUCGCUAGUAGUAGGAGACAGUGAUAGCUGCAAUAACGUCGAUAUCAGUGGCAUAAAAGGAUCUGUCCGCGUCGAGAAAGAUGGCAGCAACGUUCAGGCGAAGAUCUUCCUCGGCCACGACUGCGGUGGUGCAGACGGCAAACCUACAGUUGAGAAGAAAGGAAUCGUCGAUGGCAAGUGUGCAAAUGGAUUUAAAGUUUUGGGCAAGGAUUCAUCCGUGAAAAUGAUUUGUGCUUAA